AUGGCUACCAGAGCCGAAGAAUAUUAUGACAUUGUCAUUGUCGGGGCCGGCCCUGUUGGCCUGAUGCUUUCAACAUGCUUAGCGCGUUGGGGUUACAAGAUUAAGCAUAUCGACAACCGCCCGGGACCUACAGCUACUGGUAGGGCCGAUGGCAUCCAGCCAAGGUCCCUUGACCUUCUUCGAAACAUGGGGUUGAAGCGUGCCCUCAUGAAGUUCAAACCUGCCAAAGUUUACGAGGUAGCUUUCUGGGAUCCUCUUGCUCAGUCGGGAAGUGAAGGACGCAUCGAAUCCAUCUUCAUUGACGACCUCCUGGAGAACGGAGUUGAGGUUCAACGGCCAUGGACGAUAACUGGAUUUACCUCCGAGGGCAACAGUGGAUCGGAGUACCCGGUUGAAGUUAAGCUGCAACACGUUGACAAUGGAACCCAGGAAACUGUCCGAGCGAAAUACCUUUUGGAGGUGAGGGACCCUAUCGAAAAUGUAUGGGGCGUUAUGGACGGUGUAGUGAAGACAGAUUUUCCCGAUAUUAAAGUGAGAAAAUCUCAUCGCAACGUCGACAGACUCGGACUUCAAUCCACGCAAACCGCGACUGCCGAAGAAGUUCAGGCUUCCGCUAAGAAGAUUCUCCAACCCUACUCGAUUGAGUGGGAGUCAGUUGUCUGGUAUUCGGUCUACCCCAUCGGCCAGGGUAUCUCGGACCGGUAUACCCUCGAUAACCGAGUUUUCUUGGGCGGCGACGCAUGCCACACUCACAGCCCCAAGGCAGGCCAGGGCAUGAAUACCGCGUUUCUUGAUGCAGCCAACUUGGCUUGGAAGAUCCACCACGAGGUCGCCGAAACUCUCCUGAGCUUUGACAACAAAUAUGCCAAGCUAUUCUCUCAAAGGGCCCCAGAAGCCAAAGAGGUCGAAGCGGCGUCGCGAACAGAAGAUCGCUCUAAUGAUGAUAACGAGUUUAUCAAGACGUUUAAGGAGAGUUGUGAGUUCACCAGUGGCUACGGAGUGGCAUACAGGGACAAUGUUUUGAACUGGUCACCGUCCCACCCUGCCAAAUCUCCCCUCCUCAACCCGAAGGGAACGAAGCUGCGGACCGGACGUAUCAUGAUCAAUGCCGACGUUACUAGAGUUGUGGAUGCGAACGUCAUCCAUUUGGAACAUGCCAUUCCUCUUAACGGCUCGUUUCGUAUCCUUGUAUUUGCCGGCAAUCCGAAGACCAACCAGGCUGCUUUGAAAGAUUUCGCCCGCGCCCUGGAGCGCAAGUCUUCAUUCUUCACAACAUACAAAAGGCCUGAUGAAAAGACCGUAUCGCAUCACGAAAAGCACAACCCACAUAGUCUUCUCUAUACUUUCUGCACGAUCUUUGCAAGCAAACGAAGCGCGAUAGAAAUUACAAGGGACCUCCCACCUGUACUGGCUCGCUACAGGGACAACGUCUAUGCUGAUGACAGGUUAGACAGGCGUGUUCCCGACGCCAAGGCUGCCGCCCAUGCAAAGAUGGGACUAGAUGAAGAACACGGUGGUAUAGUGGUUGUAAGGCCAGACGGUUAUGUGAGUGCGGUAGUAAGUCUUGUUCAAGGCACUGGCACGGUUGAUGCGCUGGAUGAGUAUUUUGGAGCAUUCGCGACGAAAAGUCUGGGAGGGGUUGCGGCGCAACUAUAA